AAUCUAUCGUAUUGUAUCGUAUUGUAAUCGUAGACUAGAGUUUACUGAGUGAAGGCGAUAUAGAUUUCGCUGCACUUGCUUUGAUUCCCAAUUUUUAUAGAAACUUUGCUACUUUGGGUUCCUUUAUGUUUUUCUCCAAUAGGGCGGUAUCGUCUGCGAAUUUAGCAAUAGUAACAUCAUUACUUUUUGGAAGAACAGUCGAGAAAAGCGUACAGAUCCCAGUGCAGAACCCUAUGGUAUAACCGCUUGUAUGUCGUAAAAGUCUAAAAACUCCUCGCCCUCACGCACUCGGAAGUCGAAUCGAGCGCUUUUGUCUAAAGCCAAACUCGUGAUUAGGAGUUAUUGAGUUUUCGCUCAAAAUGCGUGAUAUUCUGUGUAGGAAGAUCCUUUCAAACAUUAGAUUUUGGCAUGAGAAAACUUAUUGAAGGGCCUGUACAAUGCAACACAGUCUGUAGGUUCACUGUUUUCCUCUUUUCAGGCCUCUCAAGUUCACUGACUUCUUACUGGUGGUGGGACUUCAUGUGAGACCGCACGGGUAGGUACCACCACCCCGCCUAUUUCCGCCGUAAAGCAGUAAUGCAUUUCGGCUUUAAGGGUGCGGCAGCCGUUGUAAAUAUUGUAACUAUAAAAUUCUAAUAAAUUGAUUUCAGUUAUUCAAAUUUGAUUUUAUAAGAAGAAACCGAUUCAUGAGAUAUAGGUAAACCUGUUGAUUGCUACUAUUGUCAUUAUUUAAAACUUUUUACAUAUUUUUUUUGUGCAUAGAUGGAUGGACGAGCUCACAGCCCAUGGUGUUAAGUGGUUACCGGAGCACAUAGACAUCUACAACGUAAAUGUCGCCACCCACCUUGAAAUAUGAGUUCUAAGGUCUCAGUAUAGUUACAACAGCUGCCCCAUCCUUCCGAAACGCAUUACUGCUUCACGGCAGAAAUAGGCAGGGUAGUGGUAUCUACCCGUGCGGAGUCACAAGAGGUCCUACCACCAGUAAUUACGGAAAUUAUAAUUUUGCAGGUUUGAUUUUUAUUACACGAUGUUGUUCCUUCACCGUGGAAGUCAAUCGUGAACAUUUGUUAGGUACGUAUUUCAUUAGAAAAAUUGGUACACGCCUGCGGGAUUCGAACACCGUUGCAUCGUUCGAAACGAAUGCACCGGACGUCUUAUCCAUUUGGGCACGACGACUGCUCUAACAAUACAUUUCAUGACUUUUGAUAUCUCUUAACGCCGUCCACUCGAUUGUACGCAGACGAGUAUACUGCUCGUCUGGUUAUAAGUAGUCAUCGUCACUCGUAUAACAUCGUUUCGUGUACCUUCCAGUGAAUUUCGCAAAUGCCUGAUGCCUGCUCUAUUUUGAAAUUACUGCUGAUGAUUCUCCUCAAAUCAUUUGAAAAAAGACAUGUCAUGGUGUUUGGGAAAUAGCGUAGAGGGAAUUCUAUUCCAAAGCCAGACGUGGCAAAAAAGAUAUCUGUAAACGCACAGUGGAUGAAUGCAGCGAUUCCGGAUAGAUGAGCUCCGUUCUAGUGGCUAGCAGUGUAAUAGGCAAAACGGGGGGCCGAACUUGUGGUUUUUAAAACGCACUAUUAUGCUUUCUGGUAGGAAGAGUGAGAUACUUCUUAAUAAAAAUGAAUGAGCUUUCGGUCUCAGUAUGAGUAACGGCUAUCAUGUAAUUAUGCCUAAGGGCUCCGGUAAACUUUAAAAUCUGGUGGGUCAUGAGGUCAACGCGUGAUUCGUUUGAUUUAAUUUUCGGAUAUUCCUCGCCGCAGUUAUUUUUUCUGUGGCUAUACGGUUUGUGCAUUAGCCAGUGUCAAGUAAUAAGAAUUUUUUCGCCGUUUUAUUUAUUUACAGUUUAUGAAUAAUAAAAAACAAUGGAGGGUAGAGUUAAGGAGAACCGUCUCUGUAUGUAUGUCAUUUAUUUAUUAAUAAAAAGUUACACUUUCAUUUAAACCAUGCCCGCAAAACUGCUUACACAGUUUGACUGCAGGUAAAGGACUGUGUGUGAAAAGUGUUCGUUAAAAUCUGCUAAAUAAGGGUGGCGCUACAGUAGCAAUCAGGUAAAGGACAUGGGCCAUUUUCGGCUCAGCUACUAGUGCUUUCAAGAACACAAAUGAAAUAUCUAUAGAAAAAAACAUUUCAUUUUUACAUACCUACUUAUUAUAAAAUUUAAGGGUAUUUUAAUGGUGGGAUAAAUAAAAUCGUAUCGUUAUUGGUAGAUCAGUCGAACCUUGUGCCCCGCACCGCGCCCUCGUUCCGCUUGCGCCCAAAAGUACGCUUGCGUACAGUAAAAAGUCUAUCGUUAUUAAUCGUUAAGUUAUUUGUUAUAAUUGCUUGUUGACUGUUGCCAUUGCUAUAUGUUGAGUGUUUGUUGAUUUUUUAUAAAAAAUACACUAUGCCGCGACAAACUGGUGUAGUAUUCAAAAGAAAGGGUAGAAAAAUUGUGUACGACGUAAAUUGCUUCAUUAUAAAACAGGGAAAGAAUGAUAUGGAAAAAGUAAAACAGACUUCGGAAGCAAGAAAAACAUCAGUGAGUUAGGUGCAUUAUUAACGAAGCUAAAGGCUCUGGCUUGCUCGCCGUGUUUCGGACUCUGGGUAAGAAAAGAUCAGGGAAGAAGAAAGUUACCGGAAUGGAUAGUUUCGUUCAAUCUGUAAUAAAAAGAUGUAAUCGUAAUUACUACAUAACAAGCAGCGAAACUCCGUAUCGUAGAAAGGCUUCGAAAAAUUUAAAGAAGAUAUAAAUUUUAAUGGCUCGGAAUGAAGCUUACGACGAAUUAUGAAAGAGCUAGGCUUCAGAUGGAAAAAAAACAGAAAGUUAUCGGAAGCUGGUAAUUGAAAAAAGUUACAUUCGAUUACUACGAGUCGAAUAUCUUCAAAAAAUAAUUAAUUAUAGACAAAAAAGAAGAUCGAACCGACCGAGUUGUAAACUACACCGAUGAGCCCUAUGUCGACUCAUCACGAUGAUAGCGACUCGGGUGAUGAAAACAGUGAUGAUGAUGAUGGUCAAGAUUAUGAUAACGAAAAAAAAAUUACAAAUACCAGCUUCGCUUCAACUGAACCAAGACCUGGCAACAGCUCUAGUUUUGAUUUAAUAGAAGGAAUAUCUAUUUUACCCCAAGAUUAAAUUAUUACAAUUAUUAACCUAUAUUUUUUGUUGAUGUUCUAAUAAAUAUAUAAAUAAAUACAUAAUAUGUUGAUUUUAAUAAUUUAAUAGCAUUAUGACGCAAAGUAAAUAAUGUUUUUGCACGUGAGUGUACCAUGCGCGAACUUACCCCCACUACGUCGACAAAUGCUCAAGAAGUUUGCCGGCUAUUAUACCUAUUCGUUUCUGUGAUCGAUCCACUUGUAAAUCCGAUUCGGUUCAAUUCGAUUCGAUUUGAUUCGAUUACUUGAACUGAUUCUGAACGCCAUUGAUUUGAUAGCAACAACAACCAGCGCUGUCAGAUGUACCAUUUAAAUAGUAUUUGUACGACUAUUUCAAAACUUUUUCCUUGUACAAUCGCAAUACGAAAGUCGUACGGCUAAAAUACUACUUUUUAAAACCUAGCUGUCUUUUAUUUAAAUGUAUAAAAAUUCUAGUUUAUACUAUAUUUGGAAACAUUUACAGUAACAGUAUAUAGUUAACAACAUACAGUUAGAGAACGAACGAACUCGCUUCGUCAACAUCUAAGUCUAUGGUCUACAUAAAUGCUUAUGUUCACUUGGUAGUCUGUGGAAGGAUGAUAUUUUUUAAUUGGUUCUUCGAUCAACAAUAGUAACUAGAUACACGGUCGGUGCAGAAAAUCCGUCUCGUCAAAUAACAGCUCACUUGAAAUGUGAGCUGUUAUUUUGUUUAGUUCGCUUCAAACACAGCCAAUGUCAACCCGUCUCACAAUGCGCAGUGUGUAUUCAAAAGUUGCAAAAGUAAUGCCCGAAAAAGCAAUUUAACGGCUGGAGUAUCUUACUUUCGCUUUACUAGCAAUCACGUGUGCAGAAUAGAUCUCGAUUGUCGCCAGAGAAACAAGAGAUGACUUUUAUAAGCCAGCUAAGAUCUCCGCUCAUUGACACUGGACAUCUUUGCCUUUCGUGCUCACGGCUACUGAAACGUGGCCGAAACAUUGUAAUAAAAAUACCGCGCUUGAAACCAUUUAAACGUUGUUUUAUUAUCUGCACUGGUCGCGAAAACUUAAAAAUAUACUAUAAAAAUAUAUAUUACACAAAAACGUAACGCUAAUAAUAUAAGAAAUAAUGUAUAGAUACUAACAAACAUAAAUUUCUAAAACAUAAAAAGUAAACAACUAAACUUUUGCUUUUAUUCAUGAAUAAAUUAUUUUGGUGUUCAACGCGACUCCCUUACCUCCUGUAGUAAGCCGAAAAUGAAAUUUCAAGAAGCAAAAAUAAAUAAAACAAAACGAUGUUAGUUCUCAGAGCAAUAAAAGGAAAAAGUACUUUAUUUGUUGUCUCUUAAGGUUGAUUUAACAUUAAAAGUUGUUUAACAUGUUUUUUUAUUUGUAAGUGACAGGAUUAAUUUAUUACUUUGCUCAUUUUAUGUGACGAAUGAUCGUAAGUAUUAGAUAAUGUUUUGGAGAUUUGUGACUUUAUUACAAAGUGCCAUAGUUGUAAUUAGUUUGAACUUAAAACGGUUUCAAAACUUUUUUCUCCGUUUGUUAGUAAAUGAAUGUAGCUAUUUAUGUGUAUAUUCACACGGACAGCUUUUGCUUUAAUUUUGUACGUGUCCCUUUAUCUAGUUACUAUUGAUGAUCGAAGAUUUGGUUGGAGACUUUUUGCGAUAUGAUUUAAAUGACCCUAUUUUAUCAAAAUUGCAAUGCUUACUGCCCACAAAUGCAGUACCUAUCUAACUCAUACAGAAAUAAGAUCCCAUCCCUACAGCCUUUGAUGAUAUUGGUCCCUCGGAUUGUAGGCAAUGAGAAUGAGAUGCAAAAAAUUGAUAAAGAAUGGCGAAAUCUGCCAAAUACAAUAAAUAAAAAGAUUAAUUUGACAACAAGCCCUGAUAACGUUUGGGGCGAUGUUAAUAGACAUUUUGAAGAGUAUAAGUGGAUAUCCCAAUUUUCACUAAAUUUAGAAAUAGUUUAUCCAAUGGAAGUAUCAAUGGUACCUUGCUGGCCAAACAACAUGUUUUAAAUGAAGCAGGUAAAUGUGCUAAUUUUAUUGCAUUUGUAUAAAAAGCAUAUGUAAUUAUGUAAAGUAAAAAAUAUUUUUGAUGUGUACUAUUGUUUUUAUUCAAAACUACGAAAUGUACUACUUUUUUAAAGGUGGUAUACUAUUAUCUUAUUUUUACAUCUGACAGCCCUGACAACAACUAAACCGAUAUCAAAAUAACAAAAGGUAUAAAUAAUUAAACAACCUUAGAACUGUCUUCAUUUAACACAUAAAAUUUGUUAGAAAAAAACAACAGAGGUGUCCAUUGUACGUAGUGCGUACCUAUAUUUAACUACGAAAACAAACAAAAAUGUUCAGAUUAUAUCUAAAGCCGAAUUGCAUUUCGAUGGGUAAAUAUCAAAUAGCCAUUGGUAGUUCUUACAUUAAACAGAAUGUACACGUGUCUCCGCUAUUGAAAUCACAGAGUGUAGCUUUGAAAUUACCCACGAAUGUUGUUGAUAUUAACGCAUCCGAAGUAGGGAGAUUUUCUCCGAACAGAGAAAGAGAUAUUUCCGGUCCUGUUAUUAAUUCUCACUAUAAAAAACAACAUGACAUGUCUAAAAUUGAUAUAACAAUACAAGUUGACCCAUAUGUUAACAAAUAUGAUUGUCGAGGGGCUGUUAGCCUAUCUUCGUCCAUGCAGAGCAACGUUCCAAGUCCUUUCACAGGAAACCAUACUCAUCUCAACAUGCCAGGCUCACAAUGGGGACAAGGCCACAAAUACUUAUCAGAUCAUCUUCACAGUGCACAUUAUUUGAGUCUAAGAAAUGAAUACAGAGAAAAAAUUAUAAAUAAAAUUGUUGGUGUACGAAACAUGAGUACGAAUGUGAAGCCCCCUGUAAGUGCUAAAGAGAAACUCAAAAAGGCUGUUAAAGAGUAUGGCUCCACAGUGAUUGUUUUUCACGUAACAAUUUCACUGAUUUCAUUAGGCAGUUGCUACUUGCUUGUUUCUAGUGGAGUUGAUUUAGUGGCUAUUCUAAAAUAUUUAAAUAUAGAAGAGGGAACUGUCUUGAAGGCUGCUGGUUCAAAUGCUGGGACUUUUGUUAUAGCCUAUACAGUCCACAAAAUUUUCGCUCCAUUCCGGAUAGCCAUAACUUUGACUGCAACACCUUUCAUCGUUCGACACUUAAGAAAUAUUGGAAUUUUAAAACGUGGUAUAAAUGCUGGUGGUGGGAAAUAAAUUAUAUUCAUAAAUAA